AUGGUCAAGGACGCUACGGUCGCAGUCACACGUACUGCCUCCGCCUCAUCGGCGCAGCAGUCAAACUACGCAACCACGCCAAGCAGCGAUGGCGGUCUGCUCCCGCGCCUACGACAGCCACAGCCGCCGCCUUCGAUGCGCCUGCGGCUCGUGAAUCAGCAUGUCCGCCCGCGGUUGCACAAGCUCAAAAAGGUCCUCUUCAACUAUGCCAAGUUUGUCGGGCCGGGCUUCAUGAUUUCCGUCGCCUACAUCGACCCCGGCAACUACGCAACUGAUAUUGCCGCCGGUGCCUCGUACCAGUACCGGCUGCUCUUCAUCGUGCUGCUCAGCAACCUCUUCGCCAUCCUGCUGCAGACGCUGGCCAUCCAGCUCGGCACCGUCACCGGCCAUGACCUCGCCUCGGCCUGUCGCGCCCACUGCCCGCGCUGGCUCAACUAUCUGCUCUACGCCCUUGCCGAGAUCGCCAUCAUCGCCACCGAUCUCGCCGAGGUCAUUGGUACCGCCAUUGCUCUUAACCUGCUCAUCCCCCGCCUGCCCAUCGUCGCCGGCGUCGCCCUCUCCAUCGUCGACGUCAUGUUCAUCCUCGUCUUCUACCGCCCGGACGGUGCCAUGAAGGGCCUCCGCCUCUUUGAGUUCUUCGUUUGCCUGCUCGUCCUCGGUGUCGUCGUGUGCUUCUGCAUCCAGCUGUCCAUGAUCCGCGGCUCCAGCGCCGGCCAAGUCUUCCGCGGCUUCAUCCCUUCAAAGGAGCUUGUCGAGCCUCAGGCCCUCUACCAGGCUUGCGGCAUCCUCGGCGCCACUGUUAUGCCGCACAGCCUGUUCCUCGGCUCCGGUAUCGUCCAGCCGCGCCUCAAAGAAUACGACACCCAGAAGGGCCUAAUCCCCGAGGAGCCGGCCUCGUCCGGCGCGUCCACAAACGAGGAGACUUACGACAAGAUCACCUAUGUGCCCUCUCAAGCCGCCAUCAAGCACUGCCUCAAGUACUCCAUCAUAGAGCUCAGCACCUCGCUAUUCACCUUUGCGCUGUUUGUCAACUCGGCCAUCCUGAUCGUUGCUGGCGCCUCGCUCUACAAGAACGAGGACGCUCUCGACGCCGACAUCUUCGGGAUCCACGCCCUGCUCUCCCAGAGCAUCUCACCCGCUGUCGGCACCAUCUUCGCGCUGGCCCUGCUGCUCUCGGGCAUCUCCGCCGGCAUCGUCUGCACCAUUGCCGGCCAGAUGGUGUCGGAGGGCGCGCUGCGCUGGAAGGUGAAGCCCUGGGUGCGCCGCUUUAUCACGCGCGCCAUCAGCGUCACCCCGUCGCUCGUCAUCGCCGGCGUCAUCGGCCGCUCGGGCCUCAACACGGCCCUCACUGCCUCCCAGGUCGUCCUCAGCUCUGUCCUCCCCUUCACGACCCUGCCGCUCAUCUACUUCACGAGCCGCACCCGCUACAUGACUGUGCGGCCCGGCAUGGCGCGCUACCACGUCGAGGACGAGAUUGACGCCGUCAGCAUCGAUGAGGGGCCCGGCAUCGACAUGUCCAACCCGUGGUGGCUGAUCAUCCUCGGCGGCCUCGUGUGGCUGGUCAUGGCCGUCAUGAACGUGGCGAACCUUGUCCUUCUCGGCCUUGGAAAGGCUGGCUAA